AUGUUCCCUGUACCUGCCCGACAUCAGACCCUGCUAGAUAGGAACCGCCUAUCCCGUCGAAUGCUUGCUGAUAUCGACGAACGGCGUCAAGAAUCAUGGGGCUGGGUUGUCUACCGCACUACAUAUAAAUCCGACCCAGCAUUCUGCAAGGCAAUCGACAUCAUUAAUUCCUGGAUUAAACGAGAAGUCUACCACGACCUCCGCCACGCUGGUGUCCAAGAUCCAGAUCCCACACCUAAUGAUGAGCUAUGGGCUUGUCACCGCCUAACUAUUACGGAAGAUUCGCAAACACUCGACGGCGCGACAAUUGAGGACGUUCGUUCCCAUUUUCAAUCAUGGGUGGAAGGGCAGGGGCAGAAAGACAGGUGGAAUAAAUAUCGCCUGAGGAGCAUGCAGAAAUGCAUGGCUUGUAUUGCGUGGAGGAAAUUCGGGAGUGAUCCAACCAUUCGUGAGCAUCCGGAUUACCUUGCAGCUGUCAGCCAGCGGGACCAGCAGGAGAAAGCAUGCCAGGAGAACCCCAGCAGCCAGAUGCUGUCAAAGUUACAACGACUAAGACGUAAAGUCCUGAGCACGUACAACCGACUGUAUGAGGCCCUCAGAAAAAAGACUCGAGAGGAAUUUGAUAGGAAGCAGGCCGUCAUCGACAUUGAACGUCAACUGUCUGGGACAGCUCUCAAUGACGAGGAAGCCAAGGAAGUUCUCCGGACCGGGGAUGAGAUGCCACCUGAAAGGAUUUACCUGAUCGAAAAGCUCUUUUCAUGGCCGACCAUCUCCAUCGCUCGAAGGAGAAUGGGCGCGUCGGAAUGCAGCCACAAUGGCAGUCUCGCAAUACUGUCCCAUUCGCGAAGGUGGUCCGUUACGCGGACGCCCCAAACCGAUGGUGGUGCCGGGGUUGGUCGGGUAGGAUGUGCUGGGCCGCGUGCCGAAGAUGGACUCGCGGAUGCCCUAGAUCCACGAGCCGAUCUGUUGGAGCGUCGGCAUGACGCCCGGCUCCCAGCCGCCGUCAGCAUAGGGUCCCGUGGCCCAUGCGAUGCCGCCGCCUUCGCUAUUCGUGGCGGCCUGGAAUGCCGUGAAGCGGAACAUACUCCGGGCGGAGUAGACGACCGUGCCGGUCGCGCUGUCCGCCCACCAGUUGUUGGUGAAGAUGGCGGCCAGGGGCUCGGCAUUGCUAGGCCACAGGAAAUGAUCUUAAAAUGA